GUGGAGAUUCACAAAGUUAAUGAUUCUCACGUCCUCAAACCCUUCCUUCAAUCCAACUCCACCCUCUAAAUCUCUCUCUCUGAAACCUUCUCUGCCCCACAUAAUCAAAUCUUUGUUUUCUUUGGACUGUUUUAUUAAAAGUAUUAUUAUUAUUUCUCAAAAAAUACGUUGUUUUCAUUGCCAGCCAUGACCGAGGUCCUCCAAUCUCCUUCCCAUUUUCCUUCGUCUACAAGCACCAUUUCAUCUUCAACUACUCCUUCUUCCUUGACCUGCAUACCCCCGCAGUUCCCUUCUUGCUCUCUUCUUGCAGAUGGUGAGGAUUCUACGCUGACUGUUUGUGACCCAGAAGAGGUGGUCGACACAGACAAGCAGAGCAGAGAUCACCUUUCUUUGUUGGCUAUUCUUGUGACCAUCUUUAGGAAAUCCUUGGCGGUUUGCAAGAGUGGCAGGAGGGAGCUUUGCGCCAUGGAGAUCGGGUGCCCGACGAAUGUGCGUCAUGUGGCUCAUGUUACCUUCGAUAGGUUCAAUGGAUUCUUGGGGUUACCUGUGGAGUUCGAGCCUGAAGUGCCCAGAAGGGCUCCCAGUGCUAGUGCAACUGUUUUUGGAGUUUCCACAGAAUCCAUGCAGUUGUCAUAUGACUCCAGAGGGCACAGUGUGCCAACAAUACUCUUGCUAAUGCAAAAUCGCUUGUAUGCUCAAGGAGGUUUGCAGGCAGAAGGGAUAUUCAGAAUUAAUGCAGGAAACAGCCAGGAGGAGUAUGUUAGGGACGAACUAAAUAGGGGCUUGGUGCCAGAUGGCAUUGAUGUGCACUGUUUGGCAGGACUUAUCAAGGCAUGGUUCAGGGAACUCCCAACUGGCAUUCUGGACUCUUUAUCCCCUGAGCAGGUAAUGCAAUGCCAGAUUGAGGAAGAUUGUGCUGAGCUUGUGAGACUCCUACCCCCAACAGAAGCUGCUCUACUGGAUUGGGCCAUCAACCUAAUGGCUGAUGUUGUAGAGCAAGAACAUUUAAACAAGAUGAAUGCACGCAACAUAGCCAUGGUUUUUGCCCCAAAUAUGACUCAGAUGGCAGACCCCUUAACUGCAUUGAUGUAUGCAGUCCAAGUGAUGAACUUCCUCAAGACACUUAUCUUAAGGACACUUCAAGCAAGACAAGAUUCCAUAGUUGAGCCAACUCCUGCUUGCCGUGUUGAUCCAAAUGAUGAGAAUGGAGACCAGAGCCCUUCACAGUCCUGCAUGGAAGAUGCUGAAAAAGGCAGUGGGGAGGUGGAUCAAGCAUUCAUUGUCAAAGAAUCUAUUGUAGGAAGUUCCUCUAACUCUUGUGAAGACAUUGAUAUUAUUGAUGUAGAAGAACCUAGCCCUCUCACUGCUGUUGAGAAGCAGAGUACCAAAGGGAAUUGUCCCUUUCAGACUGUGGCUAAUGCUGAGAUGUUCAGCAAUGAAGUUAAGGAGGGUGGAGUUAAUGUUCUGAAGGAUGCUGUUCAAAAAAAUUGUGGGAAAAGCGAUAUUGGACAAUCGAGCACCACAAACUUCAGUAAAGGCGCCAGCAAAAUGAAUCGGCAGCAGACUCUUCAGGUGGCAGAGCCUGUUGAGAAAACUUGCGGAAUCAGCACUUUGAGCCAUAUAGAUUCAAGAACUGAGCGCAUUGAAGCAUGGCGGUGAAGUAUGCUCAACAGAUUCUCUUGCAACGUGCUGUAUAAGUUAUCUUUGUUACACGUCAAACUUGUGAGGAAAAGUUUGUGAACUAUUCAUUGUGCCUGAAUUUGCUUUGUUUCUUGUGUUCAUUCGCAUUAUCACCAGAAACUAUUGUUUACUUGUUCUCAUUUUCUAGUUGUCCAGCCUUACAUGCUUUAA